UGCUGCUUGGUCACAUGAUGGCUACCAACGGCUGUCAGCUGUUUGACAUGAUCAAAUUUCGGCUGUGAAGUGUUGGUACCCCAACUCUGGCUAAACCAGACCAAAGUCUGCGAGAGUUGGGUGAAUUAAGAGCUGAAAAUCCUUACCUGAAGUCAAGUGGUGAUGGAGGCAGAUACACUUGAGGAAAAGCUUCUCCUCUACGCUAAAGAGGGCAGUUGUUCUCAUAUUCAAAGGCUCCUUGAGUCGAGAAUAAACCAAAGCUCUCUCAACAUCAACUUCAGAUCUAGGUCUAAAGCCAGCUUAGGAUGGACACCCCUCCAUCUUGCCUGUUACUUUGGACACAUGGAUGCUGUGGAGAAGUUACUCAAGGCAGGUGCUGAUGCAAAUUUGCAGAAUAACAUGGGUGACACACCUCUACACAAAGCAGCCUAUACUGGAAGAAAGGAGAUUGUUCUGUUGCUGCUGCGGUAUGAUGCCUGUUCCAACAUAAUCAAUGGAACAGCUCAAAUCCCUAAAGAUGUCACAGAGGAUGAUGAAAUCAUUACAAUGUUAGAGGCUGCAGAGAGAAGAGCAACAAGGCGGUGGGAGGAGAAGCUUCUGGAAGCAGCCAGAGAGGGAGACAUUUCCACUCUGUCUAAACUGCUCAGUGGAAAAGAAGCUCCAGAUAUUCACUGCAGGGACUCGGUGGGGAAUACGCCCUUACACUGUGCAGCCUACAGGGGGCAGAAGCAGUGCAUUAUAAAGCUGCUCAAGUCUGGAGCCAGCCCCAGUACUAAAAACAACAAUGACCAGACAGCGUUAGACCUGGUUCGCAAUGAUGAACUGAGGCCAAUUCUAGCAGCCUUUCAAGACAAGGAUGUGAACAGUGGGGUCCAGAAGAUUGAAGGCCCUCUUUGGAAGAGUUCACGUUUUCUUGGAUGGCGAUCCCACUGGGUGAUAGUUGAGGAUGGAACUCUCUCCUGGUAUCCCAGACAGGCUGAUGCGCUGGCUGGUGUCAGAAAACAGGGCUGCAAGUCUCUGACACAAAGCUACUGCACGGUCAAACCAUGGGAUCAUUGCUUCUUCAUGCUCAGGUGCUUUGAUGACACUUUACAUUAUUUUAAGGUCCCCUCAAAGACAGAUUCAGUGGCAACAAGAAAAAGAUGGUUGGAUGCUUUUGAGGCACAUUCAUCCUAUAGCACUCGCCACUGCACCCAGGAACAGAUUAUCAAUGAUGCAGAUGGCGAUGGCGGCGUGACGGUGAGGAAUCUGUCACAAGCCCUUCAGGCUGCCAACGCUUCCCAGCAGCAAUUGGAGAGUGAAGUGUCAAUAUUUCUAUCGAUGGUGAAGAAUGAGGAGAAUUGUGCAUUGGCUGCCCCUCUUUUACUGAAAGCCAAAGAGACCAGUGAGCUCUCCAGUGAAACCUGUGCUGCUCUCCAUCUGUGCCUUGAACUGCUGUCAAAACAAGAGGAGGUGUGGAGCCUGAAGUUAGAGCAGGAGGUGGAGAAGAACAAAGCUCUGACAGAGGCUCUGCACACAUUGGCAACUGAGCACCACGAACUCAAGCAGUCCCUGUGUAAGAGCAGGAGGCCGUCUACUCUCAGUACCCUCACUGAAGAUGACUUCUAUGAUGCUGUAUCAGAGUCGGAGCUCUCGGUGAGCGGCUUCCUGUCUGUGGCCAGUCAAUCUUGUGAAGAGGACGAGGGCCAAGACAACCCCCUUCUCAGCAUCCUCCGCCAUCCUAGCGCCCUCAGGGGACCUACCGGAAUGUCAGGGGAGGGUAACCAUGGCAACCAACCCGCCCAGUACAAUGGAGUCGAGAAGCACAGAACAUCUCUACCGGCUCCCAUGUUCUCCAGGAAUGACGUCAGCAUCUGGAGUAUCCUAAAAAAAUGCAUUGGCAUGGAGUUGUCAAAGAUUGCCAUGCCUGUAAUAUUUAAUGAGCCUCUGAGUUUCCUCCAGCGGUUAACAGAAUACAUGGAGCACACCUACCUCAUCCACCAGGCCAACGCCACAACCGACUCUGUCGAGAGGAUGAAGUGUGUUGCAGCAUUUGCUGUGUCAGCUGUAGCAUCGCAGUGGGAGAGGACUGGGAAACCCUUCAACCCACUACUGGGGGAGACGUAUGAGCUCAUCAGAGACGAUUUGGGCUUUAGGUGGGUGUCAGAGCAAGUAAGCCAUCACCCUCCAGUCAGUGCCUUUCAUGCUGAGGGCCUCAAUGAGGAUUUUGUCUUCCAUGGUUCCAUCUACCCCAAACUCAAGUUUUGGGGAAAGAGCAUAGAAGCUGAGCCCAAGGGACUCAUCACACUGGAGCUGCCCAAAUAUAACGAAGCAUACACCUGGACAAACCCCACCUGUUGUGUCCACAACAUCAUUGUUGGUCAGCUUUGGAUUGAGCAGUAUGGCAGCGUGGAAGUGAUCAAUCACAAGACCGGAGAGAGAUGCAGCAUGAUGUUCAAGCCCUGCGGCCUCUUUGGAAAAGAGCUCCAUAUAGUGGAGGGAUACAUCCUUGAUAAAAGCAAAAAGAAGCUCUGUGCGAUUUAUGGAAAAUGGACUGAAUGCCUCUACACAGUAGACCCCGCUACCUUUGAGGCCCACAAAAAGACUGACAAAAAGAAUUUGGAUGAAAAGAAGGGCAAUAAACAGAGCAGUGUGGAUGAGGAGCCAGAAGAGAUGCCUCCACCUGACGCUGAGACAGCCCAGGUCAUCCCCGGCAGUGAGCUCAUCUGGAAGAUAACGCCACGACCAGACAACUCAGCCAAGUUCUAUGCAUUCUCUACAUUCGCCAUGCACCUAAAUGAGCAGGAGAAGAGCAUGGAGGGAGUUAUUCCCCCAACAGACAGUCGCCUCAGACCUGACAUCCGCGCCAUGGAGAAUGGAGAUAUAGAUUUGGCAAGUGCAGAGAAGAAGAGACUGGAGGAAAAACAAAGAAUGGCCCGGAAAAAUCGCACCAAAUCAACAGAUGAAUGGAAAACGAGGAACGCCGCACUUGGCCCAAGGUGGUUUCAGCAAGGACCCAACCCUCACAACAAAGCUCAGGACUGGCUCUACUCGAAAGGCUACUGGGACAGAAACUACACUCACCUGCCUGAAAUCUACUAAGAAGUAGAAAUACACACAAAUACCGUACUCAUGGAUAUCUACUUUAACCACCGUUUGGAUAUUAUCUGCUGUACUGGGGUUUGUGCAAGGGCUCCCUAGCACAUGCAAAAAGGUCAUGGAGUUGGUACAGAACAGCAGGUAGGGUUGGGUUGAGAAGAUAAGCUUAAAAAUGUCUUUAAAGCAGUCAAAAGGCAGUAAAACACUGAAUAAACACCAAAGGCAUAAAUUAUUUAAUAGAUGUGUGUGAACAAUGAAGCACAAAAACUCUUUUUCUUAUUUAUUGUGGUUGUUGACCACUUAAGUAUGGUAUAGGCAUGUUUUGAAAAUACUAGAAUGUCUUUUAGAAAUAUAUAUAUACACACACACACACAGAGUAUAUGUUAGAUAGGUGGAGAGUGUAAACAGCAACCUUGGUUUUGUUGUUGGUAGUUUGUCCAUAAUUUCUGCUGGCCGUGGAAACAUUUUACUCAUCAGCUUCAGUGCAGAGAUACACGAGGCAACACCUCUACCUACAGCUACAAUGGAGUGUACGAUGCAUCCUGAGCACAUCGAUAAGACGUCUAUUUAACUCUGACACUGAUUCUACUUUUCACUGCAUACUAUAAUGCAAUGAAAAGUAUUCAAAUAGACCAUUUGGGAACAUUUCCUUUUGUUUUCACUUAGCAGUACAAUUGAUGGUGCAUAUAAUUAGUGUUUAACUGUUCAAAAUCUGCUUGUUUGCAGAGUCUGCGUCAAUGGAUUGUAAUUCUGUGUCUGGCUGUUUCCCUGCAUCCCUUUCUCUGCAAAGAUGAUGGCAAGUAAAAUGUUACAGAUAACGUUACUAGGACAGCACUCCAAUUUAAUA